AUGCCUACAACACUUGUGACAGGAGGCAACGGUUUCGUAGGCGCAAGUGUGGUGUCGGCUCUACUCUCCAAGUACAACCAUAAAGUCAUUCUCGCUGUGCGAUCUGUCCCCUCUGCUGAGGCUCUGUUAGCCAUUCAUCCAGAAUGGGCAGCACAAGACGUGUCCGUCGCCUCUGUCCCAGAUUUCACAGUCCCAGGUGCCUUUGACGAGGUAUUUAAGACACAUCCGGAAAUCGAAUAUGUGAUCCAUGUGGCUGCACCGCUCUUGGACGACCCACGCAAUCAUGACUUUGUCGAGCACUUUGAAAAACCAAAUGUCCUGGGCAACAUUGGCAUUCUGACGAGCGCCAAACAGUAUGGCAAGAACGUGAAGGCCGUCAGCGUGACUGGAAGCAUCAAUGCCAUCACUCUAGGUGAUCAAGACGACGUGAAGAAGCGAGCCUUCGGCAACACCGAGUGGCUUCCGAUGGGCAGAGAAGAUGCGAUCAAAGCCCAGCACAAUUAUAUCUCGUAUUGUGUCGGCAAGAAAGUGGCCGAACAGGCCCUCUGGAAAUUCGUUGAGGAAGAGAAACCAGCCUUCACAGUCACAAACUUCAUGCCUCCCUUAAUUUUCGGCCCCAUGGAGCAGAAAGUUGCAAGUGCCGAGAAGAUCAAUUUUAGCAACUCUCAGAUCCAGAGCAUCAUGAAUAGCGCAAAAGCCGAGGGCGCCAAAGUACCAUCGACCAUAUUCCCAGGUUAUAUCGACGUCCGGGACUUGGCAGAACUCCAUAUCCUCGCUCUUACCACGCCCGCCGCAGCGAACAAGCGAUUUGUCGUUGGCUUCCCGAUGAUGUUCAACCGCUUUGCCGAGGCACUACGCACCAUCCCUGAAUUGAAGGACCGUAUUGGAGAGAACAACGAUGACGAUGCGAGCCUCACACCCGCUCGUUUCGGCACCGCUGAGGGCGAUGAGGUGUUCCAGUUCAAGUAUAGAUCUCUACAAGAGACCGCCAAGGAUAUCGCUGCUAGUAUCCUAAAGGUCGAGGCUGCUUAG